ACCUGUUGGAGAACCAACAUGUUGGUUGGUUACUUCUGUCUUUCCCGCUAGACUGUGAGCUCUCUCAGCUCCCUGACAAGUCAGUGGGGAGUAUCACCGUGGUAUGAUGUGGCCACACUUCCCACGGGCUGUUCCCAGCUAGUGACUGAGCACAAUGCGGCACUAGUACCAGCAUUCCUAUAGGACGUAGGGCUCCCUGAACUGCAAUGUUGGCUCCAAGAUUCAGAACUGCACUGCUGCCUGAGUUCCUCCUGCCCAAUCCUCUCCCAGGUGUCAGACCUGCAACGAGACUGGGUUCUGUGAGAUCAGGGACCCACCCGUCUGCUUCGGGCAUCAUCUCAGGGUGGAGCACAGGACCUGACCCAGAGGAUGAAUGAGCAAAGAGAUGAACAUUUAGAGAAGGGGCAGGAACAAAAGAGCUGGUGCUCCGGGAAAUGGGAGAAGAGGACACCUCACAUGAGGCUGCAGCUGGUGUGGCCACUCCAGAAUCCUGGCUCCUUCUCCAUUGCCGGGCACCAGGUGCUCCGAAUCUCUGCGGCCGAUGAAGCCCAGGUACAGAUGGUGAAGGAGCUGGAGGACCUGGAGCACCUACAGCUGGAUUUUUGGAGGGGCCCUGCCCAGCCAGGCUCCCCCAUCGACGUCCGAGUGCCCUUCCCCAGCAUCCAGGCUGUCAAAGUCUUCCUGGAGGCCCGUGGCCUCAGAUACACAAUCAUGAUAGAGGACGUGCAGUCGCUGCUGGACGACGAGCAGGAGCAGAUGUUCGCCUCCCGGAGCCGGGCCCGCAGCACUAACACCUUUAACUAUGCCACCUACCACACCCUGGAGGAGAUCUAUGACUUCAUGGACUUGCUGGCGGCCGAGCACCCACAGCUUGUCAGCAAGCUCCAGAUCGGCAGCAGCUACGAAGGCCGUCCCAUCUACGUGCUGAAGUUCAGCACUGGGGGGAACAACCGUCCAGCCAUCUGGAUUGACACGGGCAUCCAUUCUCGGGAGUGGGUCACCCAGGCCAGUGGGGUCUGGUUUGCAAAGAAGAUCGCACAAGACUAUGGCCAGGACCCAGCUUUCACUGCCAUUCUGGACAACAUGGACAUAUUCUUGGAGAUCGUCACCAACCCUGAUGGUUUUGCCUUCACCCACAGCAAGAAUCGAAUGUGGCGCAAGACUCGAUCCCUGACGUCGGGCUCCACCUGCAUUGGGGUGGACCCCAACAGGAACUGGGACGCUGGCUUUGGGAAGGCCGGAUCCAGCAGCAACCCAUGCUCGGAAACUUACCGUGGCAAGUUUGCCAAUUCCGAAGUGGAGGUCAAGUCCAUCGUGGACUUUGUGAAAGAACACGGGAACAUCAAGGCCUUCAUCUCCAUCCACAGCUACUCCCAGCUCCUCUUGUAUCCCUUUGGCUACAAAAGAGAAUCACCUGCAGACAAGGAUGAGCUGGAUCAGGUGGCUAAGUCUGCUGUUGAGGCCCUGACCUCUCUGUAUGGGACCAAGUUCAAGUAUGGCAGCAUCAUCACAACAAUUUACCAAGCCAGUGGAGGCACCAUUGACUGGACCUACGACCAGGGCAUCAAGUACUCUUUCACCUUCGAGCUCCGGGACACCGGGCGCUAUGGCUUCCUGCUGCCGGCCUCCCAGAUCAUCCCCACGGCCCAGGAGACAUGGCUGGCACUUCUGACCAUCAUGGAGCACACGCUGAAUCACCCCUACUGACCCGGCCCUUCAGCGCUGUCUUCCUCCUCCUCUCCGUCCCCACCCAGGCAGCCAAAUAAAGUUUGAG